UGCAAAAUAGCGACGCGAGACGGUAGAGAAGGAGAUUAGAAAAGGUUUUGGUACCUUUUGACGUAUACCGUGGGUCGCCACGUGUGCGUGGCCGCGUGUGUGCGUGUAUGGAAAAGGAAGGACCACGCAGGACCACGGCAGGCACGAGGAGGCACGAGGAGGACCGGGACGGGACAAAGUGGCGGCUCUGCUAAGUCACCAGUUUUCGGCGCCAGCGGCGGAGAAGUAAUGUCGAGCGUCGGGGACAGCCCCGACAUAAUGCAAUCACACGAACACUACUCCCUACGUUGGAACAACCAUCAGAAUCACAUACUGCAGACCUUCGAGGAGCUGCUAGAAGAGGAGAGCUAUGUCGACGUGACCUUGAUCUGCGCCGAGACUAGCUUGAAGGCGCACAAAGUCGUCCUCGGUGCUUGCAGUCCUUUUUUUCGGAGGAUAUUCGCGGAACAUCCGUGCAAACAUCCUUUGAUCGUGUUGAAGGACUUCACGGGAGCCGAGAUCAAUGCGCUGAUCAUUUUUAUGUAUCGCGGCGAGGUGAAGGUCGCCCAGGAAGAGCUACCGGGAUUGAUGAAAGCUGCGGAAUGCCUGCAAGUACGCGGUCUGGCAGCAUCGGAACCUAGACCGGUGUCAGCGGAGCCUAGGCAGUCGCCCUUGUGCACGAUGCACGAUCUGCUUUCCGAGUCGCUUACGCCGGAAGUCGCGCGACCGGUCACCCCCGAGGAGGAUGAAAAUGCGAUAGAGACCUCGAGGGAAAUGCCGCCCAUGCUGUUUCAACCAACGAGGGACCAGGCCAAGGUGCCGCUCAUCAGCAACAUGAGUUUCGGCAUUCGUGAUAGCUGCGGCUCGCCGUUGCCGCGUCGGAAACAGGCGCGUCCGCGCCGUCGAUCGGGAGAACUGCCGCAAGAUCUGAGCAGACGGUCAAGUCCGUUAACCAGCUCGAGUCCGUGUCCGAACGUUCUUAAUCUCAGCGGUAGUAAUUCUCAAUAUCAGGUACAACAACAUCAACAAUCGCAGCAUCAACAGCUGCACCAGCAACAACAACAGCAUCAUCAACAAUCUCUCAAUAACACACAAAGUCAGCAACAGCACCAGCAACAGCAGCACCAGCACCAGCAGGAGGAUGUGGCAGAGAAUCUCUCGGUGAAAAAACCCGCAUCGCCAAGCGAUUUGGAUCAGCAUCACGUGAAAACAGAGAGCAGCGAGGCUACGAGCAGUCCACGCGGCUCACCGCUCACGGGCACAAGUUUACUUCAUUCCGACGGUCCUGUUCAAGAUAUUUCGAACGCAGCGGCGGCGGUAGCAGCGGCAGUCGCAACGGUGAUACCGACGAAGAUACCAACGAUGUCGACAUUGUCACUGCCGCAGUCACAUCCUUCUGAGUACCUGAAUCUCGGACUGGCUAGACAGUGGCCCGGACAUCCGCAGAGUCAACUACCACCCCCGCCGCUCCAGGCUCAUCAUCCGCGAGAGGACAGUCCGCACGGACCCGGAAAUCCGAGCUCCCAUCCGUAUCAGCAGCAACAACGAGACUCGCCGAUGCACAUGCGACGUAGUUCCCUCGCGGCGAUGUUCAAUCCAACUUCCUUGGACACCCUGAGCAGUGGGAUCUUUUCACAUGUCACGUACGACAGAGGAAACCUCAUCACGGACACCUUGCUUCAAGAGAAUUUCAAGUCCGAAACGAUACAGAAUCUCUUCAGUACCUCGAAUUUCAAUCCGACUAAGAAAACGAAAAAGCAUCGAAACGACGCCGACGCACCGCGCAGAUGGAACGAUCACACCCGCUCGCUUGGCAACAGGCCUAAGGGGCAACACAGCGCGCCGCGGGGAGGACCGCCUAGAUCGUGGACAAAUAACGAGCUCACAAUGGCUCUGCAACACGUUUGGGAAAAAAAACUAACCACGUCGCAGGCUAGUCGUAUGUUCGGCAUUCCGUACAACAGUCUUCUGAUGUACGUGCGCGGGAAGUACGGAAAGAGUUUGAAGCUCGAGCAGCUGCGGAGGGAUUGUAUCGGUGCUAAUAAUCCCGAAAUUAUGAACAAUAACAAUGUCAAAUCCAUCCAGCAGUCCGCUCAGAUGAGCCACGCGCUCACGACUGGCCUGCCGCUGCAACAUCCCGGGGAUAACGCAGGUUUCGGACCGCAUUCCCUGCUUGGUGGCAACCUGCCGCAGCCGCAGGGUUUCUACCCCGCCGAUUUUGCCACUGCGUCCUUUCCUAUGCCAGUGAAUAUGGUGCAUCUGUUACCUCCGAGCGAGCAGAAGAGCUUCGAACCUACUGUGAACUCGAGCGGGGACAGUGGCGGUAGUGGAGGUGUAGGUGGAAGUGCAGCCGGAGGCGGAGACGGGAACAGCGGUAAUGGCGGCGACCUAACGAACUCGCAGACUAGCGAAACACCAUCGCCCAUCGUCGAUCAUCAUCUUCAUCAUCACGAAUCGUCGAUGCAGCCACAACCGCCGCAGUCGAUGCCCGCCUUGCUGCAGCAGAAUGGAUCUGACUAGGAUUGGCUCGACGUUUUUGUACGUUAAUAUUAAAACAAUGAUUCAUUUGUUAUCUUCCUCGUUCGCGAGGACAAGCGAUUCGUAUACUUUUGGCUGCGAAUAUACAAAGUGUUACAUUUCGCGUCAAAUCGCACAUAUAUCGGAGUUUCACAAUCGCUGAAUCAUAAAUUGCGCGUAUUAACAAAUAAUUUGCAUAAAGAUAACGUCGAGUGAAGAAAGAUCUGAUAUAUUUUAUACGUUUAACGAUGAAGAGAAAGUCAAUUUAGUUUCGGUGAGUGUGCGUUUCGCGUUUUGCUCGCGUUACAAGUAGUAGUAGUGUCAUAAAAAA